AUGGAAUCUUGGAUAAGUGUCUACGGGCUACUAGCCGCCUUGAUGGGCAUGCUAGUUGAGGUUGCAGAAUUCUGGAAAACGAAAAUUCUCUCAUGGUGGAUUUCUCGGUCGCCUAAAGAUGAGCUGUUCGACAAGCUGGCGACAGCAGAGACGUUCGAUGAAUGGCAGGCGGCGGCGUUUCGUCUGGAUGAACUUUUAAGUCAUGAUCUCUGGCGCCAAAACCCUGUCAGCAAACACUAUGAUCAUCGACUCAUAGUUGGCAGACUGGAAGCUAUCGUUCACUCUAGAGAGGAGGAGGAUGUCCUCACGCUUGUCAAUCUCUUGAGAUCCGGGCUUGUUCGCAAUCUGGGCAAUAUCGCUUCCCCGAAAUUGUUCAACCACGCAUUCGCAGGCACUAAACUGCUCAUCGACGACUACAUCACUCAGGUUGCGCGUUCCAUUAAGUACGUUGCUGCGCUAGAGACAGCAUCUAUUCACGAUAGUGGGUUCACAUCCCAAGCCAAGCUUGAACUUUUACACGACGCACGACAGGCCUUUGGCAGAUCGACGCUCGUACUUCAAGGAGGCUCCAUUUUCGGACUAUGUCACCUUGGAGUCGUCAAGGCAUUGCACCUUCAAGGACUCCUUCCGAGAAUCAUCACAGGAACAGCUACUGGCGCUCUGGUUGCUGCUUUGGUUGGAGUUCAUACAGAAGAUGAGCUCUUGGAUUUCCUAGAUGGCGACAGCCUCGAUCUGACAGCCUUUGACCGUGCCAGGAAAUCCGAUCCCGGUGAGGAUGUCAAUGGGAUUGUCGUAAACGAACAAGAGGGAUGGACUGAGAUACUGAAAAGGCGGGUGAAGCGGUUCCUUCGAGAAGGAUCUUUUUUCGACAUUCGGAUUUUGGAAGAAUGCGUGCGAGCCAACGUGGGCGAUAUGACUUUCGAGGAGGCCUAUAAGAAGUCCAAGAGGAUACUUAAUAUAACCGUAGCUACCUCAGCAAAGAGUGGCUUCCCCAACCUCUUAAACUAUCUGACUGCUCCGAAUGUGUUGAUAUGGUCUGCUGCUCUUGCUUCAAACGCAUCUACCACAAGCCUGUAUCACCCUGUAAAGCUGUACUGCAAGAAUGACUCAGGGGCAAUAAUUGCAUGGCCGCACUCUGAGGAUAUUAUCUUCAAGUCCUGGCGCCAGACGACUUACACGGAUCGGGAGUCACCACUGGCCCGUAUUGCUGAGCUCUUCAAUGUCAACCAUUUCAUAGUGUCUCAGGCACGUCCAUACGUUGUCCCUUUCCUUCGGUCAGACCUUCAGCGCCCCGAUCAAAGACAGGGCAGCGUCUCACAAUCCAUCAUGCGUCUUGUCCUUGUGGAAAUCUUCCACCGGCUGAAGCAGCUCGAUUAUCUUGGUCUCCUCCCCACUGGCCUGCGCCGGCUACUUAUCGAUGAGACUAUCCCGGGUCCUAACCUGACCAUUCUUCCAGAUCUCUCAUUAGCAGAUCUGACCAAGCUCCUCCACCGCCCAAGCAAAGAGGGGCUGCGAUAUUGGAUCCUGCGCGGUGAACGGGGGGUCUGGCCUGCAGUCAGUGCCCUCAAAGUUCGCUGUGCUGUUGAAAUCGAGUUAGACAAGGGGUAUCAAGUUGUCCGGAGACGUAGAGACAGCUCAUCAGAGUCUGGACGCACGCAACUAGAUCAUGCGGAGGACGAGGAAGAGUCCGUCAUUAGAAGACGCAGGGCUUUGAGUUUCGAUGUAGCCCAGGGGAGACACUUUGCCAUGUCCAGUUCCCCAUAG